AUGGCUUCUUUGAUUACGAUACCCGCAGCCAAAACCUAUGGGUUUCCCUCUAGCAUGGCAGUCUCAUCCGCUGAUGCUGGAGUUUUGUCAAACUUUGUGAAACCUAUGGUAUCUGCCAAGAAAAUUAAAACCAUGAUUGUGAAUGUAGCCACCGAUUUGCCGGGGAUUGAUCGAUCUCCGAUUCAAAAAGAAGUGGUGAAUGACCGAAAGCUAGUAGCUUGGACUAGUAUUCGUCAAGAACGGUGGGAGGGCGAGCUUGUUGUUGAAGGAGACAUACCUAAAUGGCUGAGUGGUACGUACUUAAGAAACGGACCAGGGUUAUGGCAUCUCGGCGACUAUGAUUUCCGCCAUCUCUUCGACGGCUAUGCCACUCUUGUUGGCCUGCAUUUUGACAACGGCCACCUCAAAAUGGGUCACCGGCAAAUUGAAUCUGAAGCCUAUAAAGCAGCAAAAAAUAGCAACAAACUCUGUUACCGUGAAUUCUCUGAAGUCCCUAAGCACGAUAGUUUCCUAUCUUAUAUUGGUGACUUAGCCAACCUGUUUUCGGGUGCCUCCUUGACCGAUAAUGCUAACACGGGUGUGGUUAAGUUAGCCGACGGUCGGGUGGUUUGUUUGACCGAAACCAUCAAAGGGUCAAUCGUGGUGGAUCCAGAUACUCUGGAUACAUUAGAGAAAUUCGAGUACAGUGACUCAUGGGGUGGGUUGAUUCACUCGGCCCAUCCCAUAGUCACUGAUACUGAAUUUAUAACAUUAUUGCCAGAUUUAAUCAACCCUGGUUAUACGGUGGUCAGGAUGGAUCCGGGUACGAAUGAAAGGAAGAUGAUUGGGCGGGUUGAUUGUCGUGGUGGGCCAUCCCCGGGGUGGGUGCACUCCUUUCCGGUGACGGAACAUUACGUGAUUGUGCCAGAGAUGCCAUUGAGGUAUUGUGCCCAAAAUUUGCUGAAGGCUGAACCUACACCACUUUAUAAGUUUAGGUGGUAUCCUGAAUCUAAGGGUUAUAUGCAUGUUAUGUGCAAAGCUAGUGGCAAAAUUGUUGCAAGUGUGGAAGUUCCUCUGUUUGUGACAUUUCACUUCAUCAAUGCGUACGAAGAAACAGACGAAGAAGGGAGGAUUACCGGAGUCAUUGCAGACUGUUGUGAGCAUUCUGCUGACACCACCAUCCUUGACAACCUCCGUCUUGAGAACCUGCGUUCGUGGACUGGAGAAGACGUUCUCCCUGAUGCUAGGGUCGGCCGAUUUAGGAUACCAAUGGAUGGAAGUGAUAAAGGGGAGUUAUUUGCAGCACUAAAUCCAGAUGAACAUGGACGAGGGAUGGAUAUGUGCAGCAUUAACCCUGCAUUUUUAGGGAAACCAUAUCGAUAUGCUUAUGCUUGUGGCGCUCAACGCCCCUGUAACUUCCCCAACACUCUCACUAAGAUAGAUUUGGUAGACGGGAAGGCGAAAAACUGGUAUGAUGAGGGUGCAGUCCCAUCUGAGCCAUUUUUCGUGGCUAGACCAGGUGCAACAGAGGAAGACGACGGAGUGGUGAUAUCUGUGAUAAGUGAUAAAAAUGGGGAAGGAUACGCGUUGAUCUUAGACGGGUCAACGUUUGAAGAAAUCGCAAGAGCCAAAUUUCCGUACGGACUACCAUAUGGACUUCAUGGAUGUUGGGUUCCAAAGAACUAA